AAUUUUAACACGUGCGGGACGAUUUCUGAAUGUCUGGGCUUUGUGUAAGCUCAAGGAUAUCAACGAAACGCACAUACUAAAACAAAAUGGUUGGGAAAAUCAAACGGAUUCGGCAGAAGCUCCAUCAUGGUGCAGUGAAGCUGGAAAAUGCGCCCGAAAACAGACCCACGCUGGAGAGUCUGGAGAAGAUACAGAUCCAGUCCUUUCAGCGAGCAAAAACAGACGCAAAACAGCCCAAAAGCAGCAUAUCUGACACCAGCAAUAACAAUAACACAAAGGCGAUCAGCUUUCCCUCUUCAGUUUUUGCUGGAACUAAAAUCUCCCCCGAGUCUUUAGUACAAACGCUGAAGGUCGAUGAAGAACAAUCAAACGCGACUGUAAACAAACGAGGAGAACUUAAAGGCACAGUAGAAAAGAAACAACAAUCGAAGAAAGAAAAAAUGAAGGAGCGAAGAGAACGAUGGCUCAACAAGAUCAGUGUGAUAAAGCAGGAUCGUGAGCAGCAAGCGGCUGCAGUGCGCAGGAGAGCCACACCGGUGGUGGGCGACAUGAGACCUCUGGCAGACGCUCUUCCUGAACUCCAGCAGCUCCUUCCAUCAGCGCAGAGCCAGAGGAGGAGGAGCAGAAACACAGCUUUGGUUAAGAAGAAAGCAGAAACCACAGACUUCGCCAGGAUGAAACCGGCACAGAAACGAAAACAUCUUGAAACGGAAGUGUCUUUCUUCAGCGAAGCCUUGAAAAAUCCCUCCUUCAAGAUCAACCCUUUAGCUGCGAUCGGUGAUCAUCUGCGAAAACGACUCAAACAGGAAGACGAACAGAGUUAAUCACAACUUCUGGUAGACUACAGGAACUACAACUUCUUAAAUACACUCAUUUGGUGAAAUGAAAUAAGACAGUUUUGUAGUACAUAAAAUGAUUAGAAUGCAAAGAAGAAAAAAAAGCAUAAUCUGCAUUAUCUGUCACAUCAUCAAAGCACAGAGAACAGUUAAUUGCAGUUUCCUAAUUUUAUAAACGAGCGAUCAGGUUAUGUGAUAUUUAAUGACUGUAUUCAGUUUGUCUGUUUCGGGCUAUAAAUAAAUCUGUUA